AUGCAUCGUCAUAUCUUUAUUUCGAUUCUCAUUUCGUUAAUUGUUUCAAUUCAAUCCCUAGUUGGAGAGAAAGGAAACGUUAUCAGUAUUGAUCUCAUUCAUCGUGAUUCAAUGCUAUCUCCAUUUUAUAAUCGUUCAAUCUCUCCAUCAGAGCUCUUAAGAAGAGCUGUUCUGCGUUCUCUUAGCCAUGCCAACAACUUCAAUUCACAUAUGCAUAGUAAAGCAAAAGAUAUCCAAUCGGAGGUGACUCGCAACGAAUUUGAAUAUCUUAUGAAGAUUUAUAUCGGUGAGAAUCAUUAUCAAGCCCUUGCUUUGGUAAGCACGGGAAGCCAACUUGUAUGGAUACAGUGUGAUCCCUGUAAAGAUUGCUACGAACAAGAUGCACCUCCCUUUAAACCAUCAAACUCCUAUCAAGAACUUCCCUAUGACAACGAAUUCUGUCGAGUUUUUGAAAAAAGGAGUCGUGUUGAGCCAUCAAACCAGUGCGAAUACAAAUAUGUUUACGAGAAGAAUGGAUUUACAGUUGGAGUUUUGGGCACUGAGACAUUUUACUUUGAUUCUGCGAAUGGUGAACUUGUUUCUUUACCUAAAUUUGUGUUUGGGUGUGGUCACAAGAAUAAAAUUAAGUUUGGACGUCUUGUUCAAGGUGUGGUUGGCCUUGGAAGAGGAAAACUCUCACUAAUUUCUCAACUGGGAAGUGACAUUGAGCACAUAUUGUCCUAUUGUUUAGUUUCAAGGUCUGAGAAAACCAAGGUUAGCAAACUCAAAAUCGGACAGAAAGCCAAAAUCUCCGGUGGACGUAGACGUGUUUCAACCCCGCUUUCAUUCGAAGAUCCUUCUCCUUAUUACUACCUUACUCUUGAAGGUAUCAGCGUUGGAACCAAAAAGAUUGUGACAAAAAAUACAAGACACAGUAAUAUCAUAAUCGAUUCUGGAACAGUCAUGACAGUCUUGCAUCCGGGCGUAUACGAUGUGUUGGAAAAGCUCAUUAUUGCGAUAAUUAAGAAGUCUGAUGAAAACAUCGAGCCAACAAAAGAUCCAUCGGGAACAUUUAGUUUGUGCUAUGACAAAGGUUUUAAUAUCAAGUUUCCCACACUGAUAUUCCAUUUUUCUGGUGCAGACGUUCAUUUAAAACGCAGAAACACAUAUGUCCAGUAUUUUGAUUACAUUUGUAUGACUAUAGCCCGACACAGUUCGAACGAUGCUAUUUCUAUUUUUGGAAGUUCUGCACAAGUGAACUUUGAGGUGGAGUAUGACCUCAACCAAAAGCUAGUCUCUUUUGCUCAAACAGAUUGUUCCCAAUAUUGA